CAGGGGAACUGUACUCUGGCAAGAUGCUCUCUGUCUGGUGUGGCUGGGAGCCAGGGACUGGCUUACACCAACAGCAGGAAGCUUGUAGUAAAUAGCUCCAGUGUCUUCACUGUCCGUUACUUCAGAACCACUGCAGUACGUAGGGAUGACGUGGUUACGGUGAACACACCAGCCUUUGCAGAGUCAGUCACAGAAGGAGAUGUUAGGUGGGAGAAAGCUGUUGGAGACACAGUGGCAGAAGAUGAAGUGGUGUGUGAGAUUGAAACAGACAAGACAUCAGUGCAAGUUCCAGCCCCAGCAGCUGGUGUGAUUGAAGCCCUUCUGGUACCUGAUGGUGGCAAAGUGGAAGGGGGGACACCUCUGUUCAAACUCAGGAAAACUGGAGCUGCUCCUGCCAAGGCCAAGCCAGCAGCAGCCCCUCCUCCUCCUCCUCCUGCAGCCCCUGAACCUGUAGCUGCAGCUGCUCCUCCCCCUGCUGCAGCACCAAUUCCCACUACAAUGCCACCAGUGCCGCCUGUGUCAACUCAGCCCAUCGACAGCAAACCAGUGUCUGCGGUGAAGCCGGCUGCAGCCCCAGCGGCAGCCCCUCCUGGGGAGGCAGUGCCCAGCAAAGGUGCCAGAUCAGAGCACAGGGUGAAAAUGAAUAGGAUGCGUCAGCGUAUUGCUCAGCGGCUGAAAGAGGCUCAGAAUACUUGUGCCAUGCUGACCACUUUCAAUGAGAUUGAUAUGAGCAACAUCCGGGAGAUGAGAGCCGUACACAAGGAUCCCUUCCUGAAAAAACACAACCUGAAGCUAGGUUUCAUGUCAGCUUUUGUGAAAGCUGCAGCUUUUGCUCUGCAGGACCAGCCCGUUGUGAAUGCAGUGAUUGAUGACACGACCAAAGAGAUUGUGUACAGGGACUAUGUGGACAUCAGUGUUGCUGUAGCAACUCCCCGGGGUCUUGUGGUCCCUGUCGUUAGGAAUGUAGAAAACAUGAAUUUUGCUGACAUAGAGCGUGCUAUCUAUGAGUUGGGGGAGAAGGCACGGAAAAAUGAACUGGCCAUUGAAGACAUGGAUGGCGGCACUUUCACAAUCAGCAAUGGAGGGGUUUUUGGGUCACUCUUUGGGACACCUAUCAUUAACCCACCCCAGUCUGCCAUCUUAGGCAUGCAUGCCAUCUUCGACAGGCCUGUGGCUGUUGGAGGCAAGAUUGAGGUGCGUCCCAUGAUGUACGUGGCACUGACGUACGAUCACCGGCUGAUUGAUGGCAGAGAGGCGGUGACUUUCCUGCGCAAGAUCAAGGCAGCGGUGGAGGAUCCCCGCGUGCUGCUGCUCGACCUGUAGAGCAGCCACACCCCCACACAACCCACCCAGGGCAGGGCCACAGCACCAGCAGGGGCCAUGCAGGGCAUUCAGGAACAGGCAGCGGUCAUUCCAGUCCCGCUCCCUCCACUGUGAUCGGAGCUGUCCCGGAGGGAGUUGUGGGGAUAGCUCAUACCUCCUUUCCUGUUCUGUUUAACGAAAGUUCAGUUUCUCACGAGGAUUGCUGUGCAGUGGGCCAACCGCUGAAUGGCACUGCCUUUCCAGAGCUGUCUAUAUGGCAUCCUCUCCCUCACAGCACCAAACUCUCACCUCUAGCUUGUCCUAUACCAGUGGAAACUGCUUGCUGCUGCUGUGCUAGGGUACCCUUCCCUGCCACUCCAAGGCAGGUUCAGCUUUAUUUCCUAGCACUGAGGUUCCUGGGAGGGAGAGGAGAGGAAAGGCUACUGUUCUGUCCCUGUUUUGCUUGAAAAUAUUUCACACUUGUCUGCCUUGCAGGGGCAGUCUGGGGACCCCCAGGCUGCUUGCAGCAGAGCAGGGCUUGAGGUAGGUGUCAUGCCUCUGGCAGUGCCCUAGUUACACUCCCU